AUGAAGCUGAUUGGCCGAAGAUUGACUGUGUCGACGGCGACUUGUACGGUAGCGACUGCCAAGGAAGUCAGUCGCCUGGGGUCAUGCAUUCACCUCCACCGCCUCUUCCGUAGCAUUGAGCGAAUCAGCGAGCAGCAGCCAGCAUCAAUUGCUGAUAUGAGAAAAGCCAGCAGAUCGACCACCAACAAAACUGGUGAAGAAGUGCGCCACUGCAAUCCUGGUGCCGCAUGGCCGCAGCAGAUCAUAUGCAACCAUGCCUUCGUCGUACUUAUGGUUUAUACAGACUCGAGCCGGAACCAGAUCCGGUCCUCUCGGACCAUACGGGCGCGCCCUUCCCAUGAAGUUCCGGAAAGAGCAGCCUCCAAGGCAUUUAUCACGUCGCAGGAAUUUUCCAUGUAA